AUGGGAAGCGUUGCGGUCACUUCGCAGGAGGCUCGCCUGCUAUGUCGCGAGAAUCGCCUCACCAACACAUCCGGCGUCGCACCCGGCUAUUUGCAGGCCAACCUGCUUGUGCUCCCAGCCAAGUAUGCUGUGGAUUUCCAUGAUCUCUGCUUGCGCAACCCAGUGUCAUGUCCGCUGCUAGGAAAGACAGCCAUCGCAGGCGACCCACUCGCCGUGCAGCCCGCACAGUGUAUCCAAACGAGCGAUUUCGAUAUGCGAACCGACUUCCCCAAGUAUCGAGUGUAUAGAGACGGCAAGCACCUGGAGACGCGGUGUGAUCUUCGCGAUCUUUGGACAUCCGAUCAUGUUGGUUUUUUGAUCGGCUGCUCGUUUUCCUUCGAAGAUGCCUUGACAGCGGCAGGUUUGCAGCCUCGACAUCAGAAAACCAAUUCCAUCGUUGCGAUGUACCGGUCAAACAUCCCCCUUCUACCUGCCGGGGUCUUUACGGGGGCCAACUGCAUUGUCUCGAUGCGACCAUAUCGACCAGAGCAGAUUGAUCGUGUGCGAGAGGUGACACGGCCCUAUCUCUCCACCCAUGGCGAGCCUGUGGCCUGGGGAUGGGAUGGUGCAAAGAACCUCGGCAUCACAAACAUUGAUAAUCCGGAUUUUGGGCAGCCACAGGUCUUUGGGGAGGGCGAAGUGCCCGUGUUCUGGGUAAUUUCCCUCCUACUAUUCCCAGGAUUUUCGCUAAUAUCCCUCUCUCAAGGCUUGUGGAGUGACACCACAGAUUGCGGUAGAGUCCGCCGGUGCGCAAAUAGACGGUUUAGUCUUUGCUCACGAACCUGGACAUAUGCUGAUAACGGACUGGACGGCCGAGAGCCUGCAGAGCCUCCGACCGGGUAUUGUCUAAAGGAGGACCGCCAGAGUCUCUCCUAUGAUUUCACGAUUCAAAGUAUCGACCUCGUCAGGCAGUCCUGGUUACUCCCUCUCCAAGUUUAG